GUUUUUAGUCCAUCCCGAAACACUGAUGUCGCCGUAAGAAUUCAGUUUCCAAUAAAAUUGAGUUUUGCAAUGAGCAUACACAAGUCACAAGGAUUAACACUGGAUAGUUUGGAGAUCGACUGUCGUCAGAUAUUCAAGCCAGGACAAUUGGGAGUUGCUCUUGGACGGGCUCGAGAAACAAAAGGUCUACGAGUGAUAAACUUUAAUGUAAAGAAAAGUGUAAUUUCACAACCUGCUUGUGUCAUGAAUUUCAUGCAAAAAGUAUCUGCUGACUUUCAAGAGGAUAGAAGUUGUUGCAACAAUAAACAACAAAGGUUAGAAGAACCUAUUGGCAUAGGUGCAGGUAAUUUGACUGUUGAUGACAUGAUUAUGAUUGAUGAACUUACUGAGCUUGAUGAACAAGAAAGUUCAGAGGAAUUUGACAGUGAAUUUGAUGAAGUUAUCAAAAUGAUAUGUGAAACACAGAGUGAAUCAGUAAAUCUUCCAACAGACUUGGAUUUAGACGGAAUUUUGACUGGCAUUAAAUGUACGAUUGUGAAAACUCCAAUGCAAUACAAUACCAACAAAAUCCUGACAGAAAUUGAUCAUGCGAAGUACAUACAGUUCUGUAAAAAUGAAUAUGCAAAGUUGUCAUCUUUUGUUGAGGAGUUAGAUGUUGAUCCUUCAAAAUCUGUACCAAGUAAGCUGCAGACUGAAUUUUACACUAAAGUACAUGCUUACCAAGUAAGUGCUGAAUUUAGAAUGAAUUGCCUAACUUUCUUUGAAAGCAUGCAAUGUACUGAAGACCACCUUCACAUCUGCUUUAAUAUAUCCAACCAAAUUAGGACAUAUCUUUUGAAAAAGAAAGCAGAAUUGUUUCCUGUAGGAAAAAGAAAGAUUUCUGAUAGAAUUAUUACAAAUGCUUCUGAAGCACGUGUAAGAUAUGUAGGUGGCUAUUGUAUAGCUAAAGUAAGAAAUAAAUAUAUGCAAAAGAAAAAGAGCUAUAUGUAUAAAGUAGAUGAAAGCGGCCAAGCUGUAUAUAAUGAGUCCUUGCAAGCAGUGGAUAUUUUAGAUUCUAUAAAAGUUGAAGAAUACUAUUUAUUAGCUACCACAACAAAACCAGAGUCCCUAUUAGAUGUUAAUAGAAAGCAGGGACUGAAUAGAUCACUUACCAAUAUACCUGAUGAUCUUUUCCAGUUCUUCCAGAUACUGACUGAAAAAUGUCUACAACUUUUAGUGGAUGAAAACAUGAAUAAAUAUGGAAGCAAUCUGUUCGAGGAAAUAAAAAAUAAAAUUUUGGAAAGUUCUGAAUUGUAUAAUGAAUUCUUUAGUGUUGUAGACAAGUGCAGGGCAAUUAAUCAAGACCUUGGUGAAAAUUAUGUCCAACAUUCUGACAACAAUGUGGUCAAAAUUAUCUACAAGAAAAUCAUCAAAAUAUACUUAAUGGUUAUGGUGAAUCAAUUUAGGAAAGAUGUCUUAGACGCUUUUAGUAUUGAAAAGAAAAUGGCUCAUAGGAAACAGGUCCGGGUUUCAGAAAAGUCCAAAGUAAAAUCUAAAGCUCAAAAAGGAUCACAAAAUGAUGAUGAAAGGCCUUCCACUUCAAAUGACAGUAGCAUACCUAUCAUUGAACCAACAUGUAGUUCAUCAAGACCAAAAAGGAGACGAAAAAUUAAAAAAACUAGUGAAAUAUCAAGCAGUGAUGAUGAACAUAUAAACAUUGAAAUUCCGCUUGAAAAGCCUAAAGAUCAGGCUGAUAAUUUUGAAAUGUCAGAAAACUCGGAUGAAGAAACAUCUUGUCAAGUGUGUAACUUAAAUCAGAAUACGGCUCCUUCACAAACACAAUGGAUUAAUUGUGACGGUUGUAAUGGUUGGUUACAUCGCAAAUGUGCUGGGCUUCAACAUCAUCUUAGAUGGAAAAAAAUUAACAAAAAAGAUGAACAUUUCUACUGUCAGCAAUGUGAAUAAAUAACAUAAAUAUAAGACAGUAACUUUUUUUUAUAAAAAAUAUGAAAUAACUGUGUUAAAGUUGUAAAAAUGGAUUUUACCAGGUAACAACAGACAUUUUCACUUUUGAAGACUCCACACAAUGUUUUUUUAAAAUAACUAAUAGUAAGUUAUAUCAGUUUAUCAAAGACAGAUUUUUUCACGAUUUGCAUGCAGUCUUAAAUUUUCCGCCAAUCUUUGUACCGGCAAAAGUGUGUGUACUUACGUUUAUAGUAGAUAGAGCCGGGCCCAGACACACCUCCGUCGUUGACCAAUGAGACGUUGUGUUACAAAUCUCCACGAGCAUGCGCAUUGUACUGGCAUGGCUGCUGCAGGACGAUUGAAAACAAACCGCUGAGAAAACAGGUUCGUUUCUUUACGUGAAUAGAUUUAUAGAUAAUUUAAGUACGGAGCGUAAUUGUAUUUGAUAGACUUGAAACAUCUGCCGCUGCAAUUUGUGCAUUAAUUAUGAAUUUAGAGUGUUUUAGUCGUGAAUGUUUUACCAAAACGGUGCAAUCAGAUCUCUUCCGAGUUAGAAUUAUUGACAGUUUUGACUUGAAUAUUUCUUGCUACGUAUAAUCAGCGAAGGUGUCAGUGUUGUUUCCUUAAAAAGUAUUCAUUUGUCUAAGAUUUGACACCAAGAUUGUUAAGAUCGGUGAAAAAUUGAUGAAUAUAUGCGCUGAUAAUUGAGAUGCUAGUGAUAUUUCUAUGCAAAAUGAAAGUAGAGUAAAAUACCUUUACAAUAUUUUAGUCAUAAAAAAAUUUUUUUUUUUU